AUGCAACCCCUCCCAGAGAAAUAUUGGAAUGCUGUCAAAGCUCCAGACAUUCCUACGAUGAUAUCUGUGUACAUUUCACUACGCAAUUUGCCUAUCCUUGACCGCGACGUAAGGAUGACCAACGAAUUCUUGUAUACUGACUGUGUGGAUACUGCUGUGCUGGAUGUUGACAGCACGUACAGGAAAUCAAAUGGAGAACAUCAACACCACCGCGUCAUGAGCACGCUUUCCGUUGUAGCAGUGACGUAUUUCUUCGGCUGCGGUGGCCCACUAGGCUCAGAGCCUAUCAUCUCUUCAGCAGGCCCUGCGAUCGGUCUUCCAGCCAUGUUGCUCUACCCUCUUCUCAUAACCGGACCGUAUGCCUUCAUAGUCGCAGAGCUAUGUUGUGCGUUUCCAGAAGAUGGCGGAUUCACAGUGUGGGUUUUUAACUCUUGUGGUCCGUUUUGGGGCUUUCAGAUAUUAGAUGACUACUACAGCCUCUCCAUCUCAUCAGGCUUUGCUUCGUACCUCGUCAAAGUGGCGAUUGCAAUUUUGCUAACACUCCCCUGUCUUAUUGGCACUCGGACUGUAUCGCGCACUUGUGUGCUAUUACUGGCUUGUGUUCUAAUUCCCGUUCUUGUUUUCACUAUAUGGGGCUACUCGCGAGCGCGAGACUUUGGUGAUCUUUUUGAAGUCCGACACGAAAUGAACAUUAUCCAUGAGAAUCGAACAGACGACGAGCAGGUUGGUUCAAUCAAAAUUGACUGGGCCUUGCUGCUUAACACAUUAUUUUGGGCCUUUGACGGUAUCAAUAUGGCUUCUGUGUUUGGCGGUGAGGUAUCAAAUCCAGCACGAGUCUACCCGCGAGCCAUCGCAUUUACUGUCGCCUUGACGCUUUUGACGUACGUGAUCCCUAUUCCUGCUGCUAUCCUCGUGGACGACCCCAAUUGGAGGUACUUUAACCGUGAUUCCUACCCAGCACUCGCUGAUGCUAUCGGAGGUUACGUACUUAAGGCUGUCUUUGCUUUUUCGUCGUGUUGUUCCGUUGCGGGACUGUUCGUCUCUGGCAUUUUCUGCAAGUCGUUUCAACUUUCCGGCAUGAGUGAUGUGCAGCUUUUGCCAAACUGCUUUGCACGACGUAGCACUCGUUUUAAUGCUCCGUAUGUGUCCAUAACUGUUACACUUGUUUUCACAAUAGCGUUACUAGGCAUUGAGUUUAAAGCGCUCUUGCUCAUGACCAAUGCGUUUGCGGGAGCAGUUCAACUUGUGAUCAUCUUUGCAGCUGUGCGACUUCGGAAACAACUUCCAUAUAUUCCUCGACCCGUUCGCGUCCCCGGUGGUACUCGCGUGCUCGCUGCAUUGGCUGGACUGCCGACAAUUGUACUUUGUUACAUUGUUUUUGACACAUUUCGUAGCGUAAUUCCAACGCUCACAGUUUUAGCAUUCCUUGUUCCAGGUUUAUUUUGUGGCCUAUACGAGCGACGUCACAAUCAAAUACGGCGCAAUUGGACUGCGGAGCGACUCUGA